CUUUUUAAGGCUGCCGGUGACUUUGAGCAUACAGCAGAAAGUGCUGAAGACAACCCUGCUAUAGAAGAUCAAUUGCUGGGGGAGGCAGAAAGUGAGCAUGAAGAGGAUGAAGGAGAUUUGGAUCUCAGUGAGUCCACGUCAGAGGAACAAAAUCAGGAUGAAACCAAAUUCAGUAUUUCUAUUAGCGGAGAUGUUGAUGGGCUGAUUACUCAGGCUUUGCUGACUGGUAACUUCGAAGGAGCAGUUGAUCUUUGCUUGUACGAUAAUCGAAUGGCAGAUGCCAUCAUAUUAGCAAUAGCUGGGGGUCAGGAACUUCUAGCUAAGACACAAAAGAAAUACUUUGCCAAAACAAAGAGCAAGAUCACCAGGUUGAUAGAUGCUGUAGUGACACGAGAUUGGAAAGAGAUUCUACAGUCAUGUGAUCUUCAGAACUGGAAGGAAGCUUUGGCUGCCUUGUUGACCUAUGCGAGGUCUGAUGAAUUUGCUGCACUUUGUGACUUCUUGGGCACACGGUUGGAGAAUGAGGGGGAUAUCAGCCUUCAGUCCCAAGCCUGCCUGUGCUAUAUCUGCGCUGGUAAUGUGGAGAAGCUUGUAGCCUGUUGGGAUAGAGCUCAGAAUGGCAACUCGCCUCUUGCUCUUCAGGUUAGUGCCAUUGAGAUUUUUG